AUGGAGCAUAUAAAAGUAACAACGAACUUUGCUAACAGCUGCUUCUACGAUGAAAACAAGAAAAUUCGCUUUGAUCCUCCAGUUUACGAACAGCGAUACUGGACCAUUCUACGAUUGCUUGAGCUGGAUUGUUGGAAAGAUUCGUUCAAGAAGAUUGUUGAAUUUGGCUGUGCAGAAAUGAAAUUUUUUCGCUUGUUGCGCACAUUGCCAGCGGUCGAGAAAAUAUUGGAGGUUGACAUUGAUGAGAAUAUUUUACACCAAUCGCGACACCUAGUGCGGCCAAUGCUCAGUGACUACUUAUCACCUCCAGCCAAACCACUCACCGUAGAAGUUUGGCGUGGUAAUAUUGCCGAACCUCACGAAUCUCUUGAAGGAACGGACGUAGUAGUUGGAAUUGAAAUCAUCGAACAUUUGCACCAACCGGUGCUGGAUAAAGUGCCCGAGAAUGUGUUCGGUUUCAUUAAGCCCAAGGUAGCUUUUUUCUCAACACCGAACGCAGAGUAUAACGUGCUGUUCGAUGGUUUGUACGAAAAUGGAUUCCGUCAUUUGGAUCAUAAGUUCGAAUGGACCCGGGGCCAGUUUGAGGAAUGGGCUGGAUCGAUAUGCCAACGGUAUCCCGAUUACUGUGUGAAGUAUUUUGGCAUCGGUCCUGCACCGGCUGGGUCCGAAACGGUCGGAUGUGUGAGCCAGAUGGCGGUUUUUGUGCGACAUGAUUUUCUCACCACCUUUCCACCGCUAGUAGCGUCAGUUGCGACAGAGGAGGAAAAUGUUCCAGUUCCUAACGAAACGGCUGAGGAUGAGCAUAGGACACCAAGUGUACAAAACGCAGAGCCUGCACGCCCUAAUCCGCCUAAAUAUACCGAAGUGAAUGGAGAAAUUCUUCUCAUCCAUCCGCCAACGGAUGGUGCCAUUUGUGAGGCGACCGAUGGAGAACCUGCUGUCGGCGAUAGAGCAGACGAAAAUGUGUUCUGUGGUGCUGAUGGUGUAGAUGCAGAAGAGCGAUGUAGAGAGUACAAUGAAAUACUAGAUGAUAUCGAUGAUUCUGAUGGUGACUUUGACGACGAGCACGAUACCAUGUUCGAUAUGUAUGUUCCGGAGGAGGUAGCACGAACGUUGCGCACACGAAACGAUAGCGGUAACUUCGAGGAAGAAGAUGUAGCCGAAGCCAGCCGCGAGUAUUGGAUGGUUGUGAGUGAAGUGUACCCGGUGGCAGCACCGGACAAUCGAACACGCGAACAACACAUACAAGAUGCGGCUGAAUAUCAACUGCGACGUUUGCGCAACUUUGGAGACGAUUUUCUCGCACCGGAACAGGAUCACUAUCUCAUACCGCUGCAGACCGUGCUUGAUUGCAUGGAUGUCGAGCUGGCAACCAUUGACGAGGUGCGACAAUGCUUGUUGCGGGCGGGUUACCGUAUUGGUGAAGAUGGUACAGUAAACUUACCGCUGGAGGAUGAGGAGGAGAACGAUUCAGACGAGGAACGGUUGUUCGAUGAUGGUGAGGAGCUCGAUGAUGCCGAUCGGUAUCCUGCGUGGGAUGAAAAUGAGGAGGCGAAGGCUAGCCGGGGAGUAAUCGCCAUGACGUUGGAAGACUGUGACGAAACCUGGGACUGA